UGUCCUCGAUCGUUGGCCGAUUGUGCGACAAAGAUUGACGGUGCCAAAAAACGCAUGGCAUUGCGGAAUGUGUGGGCGCAUUGUACACAAACGACUUGCCACCGCUCGUGCGCGCGUCUCACUCGGCUCACAUUUUCUUCCUGCUUCUUCAUGCGGCUUUUAUGGGAAUAUAGCUAAGCAGUCGGUACCGUGCAGUCAUCGUUCGCUUGAUGGAAAUGCAUAAGAGAAAAGAAAACUCUUGACAGCGUGUCCGUCUUUCGAUUUUCAUUCUUACCUCGGCAACGGAGCAACAGUGGGCGCGCGUGCAACAAAAACAACAGAACGGAGCCUGAAGUUCUCGACGACCUCUUCGUACUUGAUGGGAGAAAAGAAAAUGAAAACAAAAAAGGUUCUGCCGCGCCAGAAACGUGAACGAUUCGCCCCCACAUCGGUUCUUUAUUGCCCAGGGAGCUUUAGCGUAAUGAGUGACAUGAAGAGGCUAUUCUACGUGUGGUUCCUUGGCGCCAAAGAAUGCCGCGGAUUGCGUGGAGACGAAUUCGUUCGGCCCAUCGUCCGGUACUUUCAACGCAAGGAGGAGGAAUGUGAGCCAUCCAAAGUGACGCUGCAAAUCUCUUCGAAAGGGAUUAAAUUGGUAGCCGAUUCCCUGCGUCAUUUCGUUCCAAGUCAUGCCGUCACUUACGUCAGCCAGGGCGCACCACCUGACGAUGACAUCGUCUCUGUCAUUCUUCUUCUUUACAAUCCGAUAACCAAAUGCCCCGUUCACCUGCACGCCUACAGGUGUGACUCGGUCGAGACGGCCGAUUUGCUGUCUGAGCAGUUCCAGUUGCUCGUCGAUCUGCCCGAGAACCAACGAAAAAUUCGCGAUCUGGAGCAACGAUUGCAGUCACAGGGACUCUACCCGAGUGCUGGACAAAGCCAGUCGAGAAUGCUCAUCAAAUCGUGCGACACAGGAUUGGGUGGAUCGAGCGGAGAUCUACUGACUGGCCACAGCGAUUCGUCCAGCGACGACGUCGCAACGAACGACGUCUGUAAGUCGACGAUGGAUUGUCAACGCCCCCUGCCACUUCAGUCUGAUGUUGGCGUAUCUAAAAGCGACCAGGAACGUAUUGCCCGUCUAUACGAUUCUCUGGCAGCUGAAUUGCGUGACAAACUGGGCGGCGCCAUGUCCGGCAAAGCAGCUCCUCUCCUUCUGCCUCCGAAGGAUUACGAGAUGCAAGAGCCGGAAACUGGCCGUUCGAUGGCCAAAAAUGCAGCUGUUCAAUCGAAUAAUAACCGAGCCGGUCGUCCAGCCAUCCGCGGCAAUAAACAGACGGACAACGGUUCGUCGAGUGGACUUUCUAGCGGAAUUGGAUCCGAUCUAGAUGAUCCGGUAGCCGAUCGUUCCAGAAACCGCGAAUGGAUGCGUUCCGCGGUGAACAGCCAACAACAACCGGACAAUAGGCAACAACAACAACAACUUCAACAGGCCCGUCAGCGUUACAGUUAUCACGAUUCGAGCAGCAGCAACAAUAACAUCGUGCAUCAGCAACAGCAUCAAUAUCAACAACAGCAACAACAAGAGGUCCGUCGGCGUGAACCUGUGAUGCGCCAAAUGUCGGAACGGCGGGACACGUCGACCUUAUUGAACAGGCGUUCCAUGUCAGACUUGCGCCGCCAGGAAGAGUCGGCCGUGAUGAUCCGCCGCAGAGAAGAGAGUUGCCGUGACAUUCGCGCCAGUAACGCCGAACUGAACCGUAGCCGGGCCGACUUCCAGCAGCUUUUAUUGGCCGAUGGGAAUCGGAGUCGGGUCAAAGAAGCUCUUUCCAAAUUCGAGAGUCGAGAUCAUCAGCAGAACGAACAUGUCAAGGCCGUUCACGCCAGUUCACGUAGCCGCUCUUUCCGCGACGACCAGCCGUCUCAAGGCUGGAACGCAGGCUUCAAGUACCGCCGCCAGCCGUCUGCUGUCGUCGAUGGCUAUCAAGAGCUGGACCAACGAGAGCGCUUCCCUGGUCUCGAUCGUGAAACUGCCCGCGUCCUCGAGCCGCUCCACGGACAGAUGUCGCAUCAGCAGCAACAGCAGCAGCAACGUCAUUUGCAACGUCACAAGUCUUCGGAGUUUGUAUCGAUGAUCAAACGCGGACCCAAUGACUCUGGAAGCGUCGUCGUCGUCGAACCUACUCAAAAAGUAGGUAAUAGACACUUCCGCGCCGUCCGCCAACCUAAUUGACGAUGAUUGUGAUUCCAAUUCCCUCCCCACCCCCACCCCCCUAUUUCUUUUUUUACUUUUUCGUUUCAUAAUGAAGGGGGUGGGGGGGGGGGUUGUUGCUUUUCAAUUGAAAAUUCUCCUUUCAAGAUAACAUUCUAUUUCUGUUUCUUCAGUAAUCAAAUGGAAUGACCGUCAAAUCGGCUGCAAAUGGCCUUCACAUGUCUCACUGUGACUAAGAGAAAAAGAUUCUAAAGAAAAUAGGUAGGAAAAAAAAAAAUGAAGUCUAUCGAAAAUUGCGUUUUUAUUUGUUAGUGCUGCAGAUAGACGAGAGUUCUGCAGCGCUCCGGUUGCAUUGUUUCGCUGCCGCCGUAUAGUGGCAUGUUUCAUCUGAUGAUUGCCUUUUGAUUUUCAAACCGAAAGGGAGAGAUAGAAAAAAAAAAAAAAAAACUAGAUAAUAGUAAUGAAAUAAUGAGGGAACGAAGUAUGCGUGUUUCGCAUGGACAGAAGGAGAACCAGGAAGAGAAUUUUGGAGAGUACGCGCAACAAUUUUAUAAUGACUUUUUGGCUUUAGCUUUUGUGUUUCUUCUGGUUCCCCUAAUAUUUCUUCUUCUGUUUUUUUUUUUUUGUUUUUUUUUAUUUCUUUUGUUCUUCCCGUAUCCAGUGAAGCAAAGAACUCGGUGGUACGAAAGUAAACAAGAGUGUGCAAAGUAGUAAAACUUUCAUUGCUGUUUUGUGUGUGUCUUUGUGUGCGUGUGUAAGUGUGUGUUCUCUCUCGCCUAUUUCUCCCCCUAGCCUCUCUUUCUCCCCCUCUUAUCCCGUAACGGCAAUUGCUCGUGACUGAUGCGAAUGUGACCUUUUGAAUAUAUAUAUAUAUACGUAUAUACAG